ACUAACAUGCAAUUGUAUUUUGCUCUUCUUGUUUUCACCCUCUGGGUGAAUAUCGAUGUUUCUUUAUCACAGGAUGGGAAGAAGACUUUUUUUUACCAUCUCAGUGGAGAGCCGAUAAAUUGUGGCGCACCACCACACCUUGAAAAUGGAGACAUUCUCGGCUCUCUGAAAAAACAAUACAACCACGGUGAGAGGGUCGAAUACGCUUGUAAGAGAUUCUAUACCAUCAGUGGUCUGACUUACAAAUCCUGUAUGAAUGGCCAAUGGACUGGAGAAUCUAAAUGUCUCAAACCCUGCACCAUGGAAAUGGUCAUGAUGACGACAAAUAACAUUGCAUUCAAAUAUGUCAACACAGACAAACUGUAUUUAUCGCACAAUGAUGCAACUGAAUUUGCCUGCACUGCUGCAACUAGACCAGAUGGUACGCUGGCCAUGCGUCAGGCGUGUGUCGAUGGUGUGAUUCUCUUACCUCGUUGCCAGUAAAAGCUUUGGAUAACCAGAGGAGAUGACUGUGGGCUGGAUGGAAAAACCUGCAAAUGGAUAACUAGAUUUACAUUUAAUGUGGUUUACUAAGAUUUAGGGUGGCUACUCUAAUACUGUUAUUCACUGAUCUUCUGUCUUCACCUCAGGGGUGUCAUCGCCUCAGCUUAAAUAAAUCA